ACGUAUCUGCAUACCGAUAAACGUAUAUGUAUAUAUGCAUGCCUUAUACUAAACGAAGCUUUCUCCUCUGCAGCAGGUCUGACGGCGCGUUCUACUAGUACUGGUCAACUGUGAUGAACUUAUCUGCCAAUAUGUCUACGUUACGAAAUAUAUGCUUGCUGCUGUUUGGACUUCUGACCAUUUCCAGUGCCUCAGAUUGGCAUUAUGGCUCACAUGACGCUCAAGCUGAUCCUUCAGGCUGGGCCCAUGUAACGAACUCUGUAUGUAACGGCCAAUACCAAUCUCCCAUAGACGUCCCGUCCGUCAUGAAACAGGAUUACUCCGUCAUCAGCAACUUCCGGUUACAAGGGUUUGGGAACACGAACCAAUACACCACUACCAUAAAAAAUAACGGGCACACAUUGCAGGUUGACAUUGCCGGUGACUUGAUUGUAUCGGGAGGAGGACUUCCGGGGAGUUCCUUUAAGAUGGCCCAGUUACACUUCCACUGGGGCCACGACAACUCCGACGGUUCGGAACACACCUAUAACGGACGACCUUAUCCUAUGGAGAUGCACAUAGUGAACUACAAUCAGAAGUACAGCAGCAUACAGGAAGCAAUCGAUAAGGACGACGGUCUGGCUGUACUGGGUUUCUGGGUGACGCAUACGACGACUGACAACUCCGCGUUUGCCCCAAUAACCAACGCCAUAGGAAACGUCACCUAUAAAGGAACCAACAACCCACUCACUUUAAAUGUAGGGGCAAUGCUGCCUAAAAACAUGAACAGGUUCUUCCGGUACAAGGGAAGUCUGACCACGCCCCCUUGCUUUGAAAGUGUUACAUGGACAAUGUUUGAGGACAAAAUAUUUCUGUCAAGGCAGCAGCUUGACAUGUUCAGAUCUGCAUCAUCAGACGGAAGAGGACAGACACACCCGCUUGUGGACAACUUCCGGCCAGUUCACCCCCUGAACGGCCGGGAGGUGUCCCGUAAUUUCAAGUUAGAGGACGAAUUGAACACGGCGGCCCACUUCUCAAACGUCGGCGUGACAUUUACAGUCAUCAUCGCCAUUCUACAGUCAUACGUAUUUUGACACGCUCGUCUACAACUCUAAUCUAGUCAUGUGACACAACACGCGGUAUCAAGGCGGGAUCACCACACUCAACUUAUAUAACUUUGUAACAUUUAUAGAGAGGCAAAUCAUCAAACUUUCCAGCGUCCGGCUCCUAGUUUCAAGUCGAAACAAUUAUUAUGACAAGCAGAAGACACCAAUCAAGACAUUUUCAACAUAUACUAGAGAAUGGUCAGGUACAAACGAUUCGUGAAAAAUAAAUGUAAAUUUUACAAUCUCAGGUUCCUUCAUCAAUGGUGGUUGGCUCUCAAAUUCAUCCAACUCGAGUUAAUUUAUCAAUUUAUUUGUUUUAGACUGUCGUUACGUGUACGUGUAGCUACCAUAAUUGUUUUAUACAACAGUCUGAAUGUAGUACAAUGCUGUAUAUAAAUGUGAAAAGUUUCAAAAGAACGUAGCCUACCACCAGCACAAUGUGGUAAUACAUGGCCAUGCAGAAACUUUUCCAAUAUUUUUUUCUUCGAUCUGUCUUUGGUUUUGAAAAUAACGUACCCUGUUAGUAAAUGGUUUUAGUUGUAUUACUGUUGAUCUAUAGGAUUCCAUAUUAAAUAUGUUUGAUGGUGUAAUACAAUAGAACGUCUGUAGGAGUUGUUUUGUGUACCGUUUUCCUAUCUGAUUUUUAUAGAAAUACUUAUCCAUUUGGUAUAAAACAUACCGACGUUUAUGCAGAAAUAAAUACCAAUGAAAUUAUCACAGCAAAAAAAUAGACGGCAAACAAUAAAAGUGGCGAACGAAAAUAUCUGUAAUAUCCUAUUUAAAUAGGAUAAAAUAAAUUUAGAAAAAGAGUACUGCGUUGUCCAUACACAAGGAUAAGGUAGAGCCCCUUAUUAAAAACAAUGGCAUGCUGAAACUGAAAUUAUUUGAAUGGGUCAAUGUUACCUGUUACUCAGAGAGAUUUUAUGAAUAAAAGAGACCUUGCGACAUGACUUUUAUUUUGUUUAUGGUUGUAAAUUUGGGUUUGGUUUUACUGUAUCCUUCAGUUACGUCGGAUAUAUAUUUCUUAAACUACCCGAACAUCAACUGAUGACCAAUGAUAGUCGUGUAUAAAGGUGUGUGCACAAUGAAUCUCAGUGACCAACACCCUAGUCUACACUUAAUGAGAAGUACACUAUAUAUUGGCCAUCACCUAUGUAUCAACUACACAAUAUAGAAAUCUUUUACUGAAAUUUUAGGAUAGUAGAUGAGUAAAUGGGUUGUCCUUCUUCGAUGAGCGGGUAUAUUUUGGUGUUACAAGGUAGUAAUUAUGUAUGUACAUGUAGUUUUGUCGUGUUCGUAUAAUGUUUUUGUUUUCCGUACAUUAAAAACGCAAGAUAUACCAUUGGUCUUUUAAAGGUAGCUAUUUCUGGAAAAGGUUUUUCAUGCAUAAAUAUCUCGGCAUAUGUCCAUGGCACAUACAAACUUAGUUCUGACCAGGGAGUCUCCUAGACGACUAGAACGUACGAAGGGACACAGGGGAUAUAAACGAGUGUAAGAUUUGUAACCGUAGUUUAGAAUAUGUGUGUACAUGUAUAUAAGUAGCGUAGUGAAAAUUUUAAUAAGCAAUAAUGGUUUUUGUUAAGGCAUUUGUAUAGGGCCAGUGUGGUGACAAUGGCGGCAUAUUUCAGUCGUAUGAACUUUAGCGAAAACACGUUAGUUUUACCCUGCAAUGUGCGAGAAGAAAUCGAAACUAACGGAUUUGAAGUUCGAACUAUUUCACACAAGCUGACAAUUUUUCUUCGUGAUUUGAUCUGAUUGUUUUAAUAAGAACUGAGAUUAGCGUCCAUGACCAGUAGCAUGGGUCGGAAUUACCUAACAAGUAAACAUCAACGUUUAGUAAGUACAUUUUCCCAAAAAUAAUGAAUUCCAAAAAAUACAUGUACAAUGUGGAUUCAAGAAGAUCAUCUGAAGACGGGAGAUUCAAAACGUUUUCUUCCUGUCAUUUGUGCUUCGAAGAUAUGCCUUUAAAUACCACCCUUAAUCUUCUAUCGCAUUCCACCCUAGCUGUCGCGAGGACGUUCAACUCCAAACAAACGUACACAAACAUAUGUCUAAGCUAAUCAGAGCUUUGCACACAAGUCCAUAAAUCAGCUUGAAAACCAAUAUUCCAUUUUUUAUAUUUUGGAUCUAUAACUAGACUUUUCCUCUUCGUUUUUUAUACUUGUGUUUACGUGGAGUAGUAGAGUGACAAUAUGUCUGUAGGUAUAUCUGAAACCCUCCCAUAGAAAUGAUUAUACAUGUAUGUAGAGUUACCAGUAUCUGUAUGUCAGCAAUAUGCAUGUUCCAACUCACUCAUAUUUGAAAAUAAAAGUGUAAUGUUAAAAU